UGUAAAUUGGUACCUACUUUAAAACGUGUGAAAUGCCUGAUGUUGAAACAGAAAGAGUACCCGAGAAUGGUACAGAUUGUGAAAUCAACCAUAAAAAUAUAGACAGAACAUCUAAAUUUGAUAACAAACUAUUAAAACAGAAAACACGAAAACGAGGUAUAAUAUUUUUGUCGACGAUUCCCCCUUACAUGAACGUUGCCAAAAUACGUGAAAUAUUCAGUCAGUUCGGAGAAGUUGGUCGAAUUUAUCUUCAGCCGACUGGAAAACCAGGUGAAAAACGCAAAAGAGUUCCUAAUCAAUUCUCAGAAGGGUGGGUUGAGUUUGAAAAAAAGAAGAUUGCAAAGCAAGUCGCAGUGAAAUUAAACAAUACAAAAAUUGGCACAAGAAAGAAAUCCCGCUACUAUGACAUGAUUUGGAACAUUAAAUAUAUCCCUAGAUUUAAAUGGAUUCAUCUCAGUGAAAGAUUAGCAUACGAGAGGGCUGCAAUGAAACAGAGGCUGAGGGCUGAAAUUGCACAGGCAAAGAAGGAAGCACACUAUUUACAGAGUAAUGUAGAAAAAAGUAAAAAAAUAAAAAAGAAGAAAAGCAUGGAAAAUAAUUUAACUUCUAAUUAAA